GGCGGGAAGAUGGGUAGAGGAUGCACUACGUUCCUCGUCGUUGCAUUAAUGACAUUUAAUGUAAUAUUUCUCUUAAUUGGUGCCGCAAUAUUAUGUUUUGCCGUAUAUUGUUAUGUGGAUUCAUUAAUUCAAAGUGCAGUAUCUCGUUCUGGACAUGCUGAUAAAAUGCAAAACUUAUUAUAUGCUCUUAUCGGUCUAGGCUUGUUAACGAUUGUUGUGGCUGUUUUUGGAUGUUGUGGAGCAUAUCACGAAUCUCGCUGCCUACUUGGAACAUACUCUAUUUGUUUAACUAUUAUGUUCGGAGUUGAAAUAGCUACAGCGGCUCUGUGUUUAGUAUUUAAAGUUGAAACGGAAAGAAGGAUUAUUCAAGCUUUAGAAAAUAUUAUAAUGCGAUUUAAAAAUGAAUCGGUUGAUGAAAACUUCGACAAAAGUGAUUCUUACCGUGAUUGGAUGCAAAAAAGCCUUCAUUGUUGUGGUAUCAAUGGAAUGAAUGAUUAUCCAGGAUUAACUGUCCCAUUAUCAUGUUGCAUUCCGAAGCAUCGAAAUUGUCCAGACAAAUCUGCCUCGUAUACUAUAGGGUGUAAACAAGUAAUUAAUGAUUUGGUGAAAGAAAAAUUUUUCAUGGCAAUAAUCCUUAUUAUGAGUGUUCCAUUAUCAAAGCCCGAAUUCAACCCCUACAAAUAUUUAUUUGUUUGUUUUUUCUCUCUCAUUCAUCUCUAACCUCAUUUUGAUUGAUCAAAAGGAAGUAAGGAGAUCAAAAGAGAAAGAGAAAGAAUGAGAGUGAAAGAGAGGGGGGAAAGGUUAAUGAAAUUUCAUGUAUAUUUAUUUACUUAUUUAUCAUUUAGGAAGAUCUUUUCUUGUUAAAAAUGACAAAGAAAAGAAAAAAACCGAUUGAUUAUGUAACAGUUAAAUAAAUUUAUUUAUUUCUCUAUCCAUUUAUGUAUUGGUCAAAUGUUUCUUCUAUUUUGUAUUUAUGUAAAUGUAUGUAUGUUUAUUUUUAUGAUUAUGAUGAUCUGAAACAUACAUUGAUCUUACUUAACUAAUACAAUGAUUGAAUUGUACAGGUUAGUCUCAUAUGUCAUCUAACAAUGAAGCAAAUAUAGACAAUAUGCUGAAUAUAUUGUUUACAUAACUAGUUGAAUGAUUAGGACUGACAAUAAAAGUUGAAUAAAAAAAAAAAAUUAAUAUCAGAAGGGAUUUUUGUGGAUAUUAUAGUAAUUCCAGGUUUUCAUUGAUGAUCUAGCAUCAAUUGACUUAUAAUCUCAACUACUGAAAAAAUGAUUUCAAUCAUUGAAAUUACUAUAAUCUCUACAAAAAUCCUUCUGAUAUGAAUCAACAUAUG